UCAAAAUAUCCUCACGGCGGUUUGUGAACUCGAAACUUCAAAUCUCACUCUUUCCUUCCUUCUCUUUUUCUCUCUCUCUUUCUCUGGGAUGACAGCCAUGGCUGUGGUUUUUGGAAAUUUAGCAUUGUUACUAGACGUGACGUCUGCGAGGACCGUUACAAUGGACCGAAAAUCCCGUCCCUUGGCCAUCGACGUCGUUUUGAACUUACCUAAGAGCGACCCUCAUUUCUUCCACGCUUCUUUUUCCAACAGGAGCCAACUCGAGUUCUCGGACGGGGAGAAUAGGCCUUACCGAGCGGUGGCUCGUGGCAAAGCGAAUUCGAAAGUAAAGGCGGUUGAUUUCGACGCGGGAUCGAGCGACGACGAAGGGUACGGGAACGGCAACGGAUUGGAGGAGGAAGAGGAUGAGUACGAUUGGGAGAAGGAAAUGAGGAAGAGAGUUAAGGAAGUUGAGGAGAUGAGGGAGUUGGAGAAGAAAGCGGAGGAGUUGCUGAGUAAAGCGGAAGCAGAGGAAAGUGAAGUAGAAGGUAAUGAAGAAACCGAAGAGGAAAAGAGGAUGGGAGUGCGAAUAGAGCUCGAAAAGGUGGCUAAGGAGCAGGCAGAGAGGAGAGCAACGGCACAAUUGAUGUUCGAAUUGGGCCAAAAGGCUUAUGGAAAAGGCAUGUAUCGACGCGCCAUUGAGUUUCUUGAAGGUGCUCUGACGAUCGUUCCUAGGCCAACAUUAUUUGGCGGUGAGAUUCAAAUAUGGCUGGCUUUGGCUUAUGAGGCGAAUAACCGCCAUGCGGACUGCAUUGCUCUGUACCAACAAUUAGAGAAGAAGCAUCCUAGUGUGAGUAUUCGACGGCAAGCUGCUGAGCUCCGCUACAUCUUGCAAGCGCCUAAACUCAAGAUAUCCGAGGAAGAGAUGGUUACUAUGCCGCUGAUUGGUUCUAGUUACGACAGCUAUGCAUCAACAUGGAGUGAUAUGUUCAAGGAUCGGAAGAGAAGCGGGUCGACAACCAAUCAGCUUCCCUCCUCCAGAGGCUUUCUGGGUGAUUUUCUGAUGUGGCGACCUCCUGUUGGACUGGAGAAGAAUCGAGCGUUUUGGGUAGCUUUGACUUUAUGGUUUGGGUUGGUGGGAGCUGCCAUUUUUCUACAAAAAUGAAUCAUACGGAACAGGCUCUCCAUAAUUGUGAUUGUUGGACCAUGAUAUGUUCAUUUAAUUAUUUAUUGUUUCUUGUUAAUGAUGUCUGUAUGAAUCAAAGAUAUUUGUUCCUUCAUGAUUUACAAGCAUAUUUGAGGAUAUUGGGUAUGGUUGUUUGUUUGAACAUUAAUUGCUUACUACGAAAACAUGAAGAGACAUGGUUUACCCCACGAACAUGCACCGAGGAUUGGCGUGACAGUUGUCUGUGAGUAAAUAAGUAACAAA